CUCUCACUGGCCUUCAGGUGAGGGUUGGAGACAAGAGAUAGAGAACACCUUCCACAGGGACACUCUGUAGAGACAAAUGUCGCUCUCACUUGUUGUAGGGAAGCAACACCUCGGCUCACUCAUGUGGGAAGCAUGAUGUUCAAGCUCUGAGCAGGUCCUGAACUCAGGCAGCUGUGCCCUGUCUAGUGCCCACCAUCUGGAUGGCACCAUAGCUGGGGCUGAAAAGAACACUAGUGCUGACUGAGGCUGGUGGUGAGGAGCAGGGGCAGAAGGGCAGUGUGGUCCCCUAGGGUUUAUUUUACAGGACCAGGCACAGCAUGGACAAGGAAAAGUCCAGCUAUAGGACCUGUUGAUGUGGCAGGACAUGGGAGCCCAGUGUGUGUGCGUCCCAACACCAGGCUGCUCUGAGCAGUUAUGUCAGGACCAGGCUGGCCCUGAGAGGACAGAGAUGGCUGCAGUCCUGAGGGAACAGUGCAGGUGACAGGCCUUCCAUGGGGGUGAAAACUGUUGAGCAUCCACAAUCUACUGUGUUCUACAAAUUAUUAGCCAGAGUUCACAAGGUGAAUGGGGUCACCUAUCUGAUGUCACUUUCCAGCUCUGUGACGCUGGGCUUUCUGAUUAACAAAUAUCCAGGAGCCAACCAGUGAGGUGCCAACUUAGUUCUGCUCACCAGUUGUUAGGCAGACCCACGCUACCUGUACUGCAUGCAACCAGAGGCUGAUGCCCUUCCAGACACUCUUGGUUGUACAGUAGCAGGCCUCAGGGAAUUUGCCCAGGCAGGUAUACCUGUCUCUCCUGGAUGCCAAGAUUUGAGACCCAGAAAUCUCCCAUGGCUUUUUAUCACAUCCGCCAGUACCAGAACAGAGACUAUAAACGUGUCCUGGAUUUGUUCAUAAGCGGCAUGGAGGAGCACAUCCCUGCCACCUUCCGCCACAUGCUGACCCUGCCCCGAACCCACCUGCUUUUACUUGGGGUACUGCUUGCUGUGGUCCUGGUGUCUGGCUCUUGGCUGCUAGCUGCUAUGAGCAUCUUCUUUGUGCUCCUUCUGCUGAAGCUCCUUGCCAGACAGCCGUGGAAGGAGUAUGUGGCCAAGUGUUUGCACACAGACAUGGCUGACAUCACCAAGUCCUACAUGAAUGCCUGUGGCUCCUUUUGGGUGGCUAAGUCUGGGGGAGAGGUGGUGGGCAUCGUGGGCUGUCUACCAGUCAAGGAUCCCCCAUUGGGGAGGAAGCAGCUGGAGCUCUUUCACCUGUCUGUGUCCUCACAGCAUCGAGGUCAGGGGAUUGCGAAAGCACUGAUCAGAACUGUCCUCCAGUUUGCACGGGACCAGGGCUACAGUGAUGUUGUCCUUGAGACCAGCGUCUUGCAGCAAGGUGCUGAGGCCCUCUAUGUGAGCAUGGGCUUCCGGAGGACAGGACAGUACUUCAUGAGCGUAUUCUGGAAGUUUGUGGAUAUUCUUACAAUUCAAUUAAAGCAUCCCCUGCCUUCUGCCUAAGAAGUUUGGCUGAGAAUUAUGGUCCUGUGCAGGAAGCGUGUCCCCUCCACUCUGCAGGAACCAGUAAACCCUGUCUCGUCAGCGUAGUGAACAAUAAAAGCUCCUUGCUGGUGCACACCAUA